AUGCCCGAACAAAUCAACAACCCGAGUGGCAACACCCAAGGUCACAACUUCCCGAAGAACUACGGUCCCUCCAAGCCGAACGGACCUCUCGGUCCGGUCAUCAAGGAGCAUUACGACAACGGCUUAUGGCAUAGGAAGUAA